ACUGAAUCAGUGUUGCCAAUAGAGGAAGAGGCAGAAAUGAUCGAAUUAUUUGUUCAAUGAACGAAUGAACGAACAUAGAACAAAAUUGACGUAAGAUGUAAAAAAAAAAAUCGUUUCUAAAUUUGAGCUUUUAAUUUUAAGCAUUACCACACUAUUAAGAUGCAAAAUAUAGAACGAGCAACACAAGAAACUGAUUGUCCUUGUUGUAAAAACAUAUUAGAGAUCAAACAGAUCAAUUUUCAAGAAGCAAUUUUGAUGUGCACCAAUUUAAAAUGUCCAUAUCCCUUAGAAGGAGAUAUAAAAAUAUAUAAACGGAAAUUAAGAGAUAUCAAUUCCAAUACUCCAUCACAAUAUCAGAACAAAGGAACAAGAAAUCAUACUAAGCCAAAAAUAAAAUUGACGAUUUAUCAUUAGACAUAGAAACAUUAUUAGGCUUAUCAAAUGGAAUAAAAGAAACAUGGUCUGAUGCUCAUCUGCAUCACAAAUUAGAUUCAAAAAAGAUACAACCAAUAAACAGUGAUAUAAGCCAAAGAAUAUCCCAAACUGUAGCAGGAAAUAGUGAGCAUGACUUGGAAAACGAUAAGGAUAAUGAUAGCAAUAAUGUUGAUGUGAUUAAAAAUACAACUGAUGCCAACUGUAAUGAAUCAAAUAGUGACUGUGAGGUAUUACAAAUAGAGGUAGAGAUAGAUCCAGUCAGUAAAGAGGUGAUUGUAAAAACAAUCCAUGAUGAGUCAGAUACCACAGAUGAAGAAGUAUCAACAAAUAAAAGUAAUAUAGAGGAGACAGGGAAAAACAAUUCAGCUCUAGAUUAUGAUGUUGAGAAUCUGCUUGAGGCAAAAAUAGAUGAGUUGCUAAAAGAUGUUGAUGUUGGCAGUGUAGCAUCAAUAGAAACAUUUAGUGAAAAUACUGAUUGGCUAAAUGAUCUAUUGGAAUGAUAAGUAUAUAAUUUAAACGUGAUAAAAUAUGUAAAUAAACUUUGUCUAAAGAUGUUUCGUGUUUGUGAAUUUUGAAUUUCCCAAAUCAAUACAGGUUUUUGAUUAUGUUUCUAUACUAUAGUUCAGUGGUCGCCAGCUGUAGAUCGCGAGCUACUGGUAGCUCCCAAAGGCAAUUCUGGUGGGUCACAACGUAUUUUAAAAAGGUACAAAAACCAUCGAAAGCUACUGUAAUUUUUGUAAAUUCAUAAUAAACGCAAGCAGCGGCGACGCUACGGUGAGCGAUCUGUUCGAGAACGAUCGCGAUUACUUUGAGCGGAAUAAAUACGCAAGGUGCGGCGAUAGUGCGCUCAGUUUAGAACUGAACAGUACAAAGUCCAGUGGUUGGGUUAGUGUUGGCCUGCAAUUAAAAACAUUAUGAGCAGUAAUAAGAUGAAAACAUACCAUUUCCAUUUGGAAUGGGAAGAACAAUAUUUCUUUACAGAAGUUAAAGGUAAAAAUGUAUGUUUGUUAUGUAAUCCAUGUUUUUGAGGCUAAAAAAUGGAAUAUUGAGAGGGUCUAUAAAACUGUACAUUCCAAUUUUGAAAAAUCAUUCCCAUUACGUUCUGCAACCAGAACGGAAAAACUGAAACAAUUAAAAAAUCAGUUAAUUGGAUAACAAUUUUUUUUUUAAACAAUUGACAAAAGUAAGGCUGCAACUAAAGCAUCAUACGUCCCGGAUAAUUACACAAAAGAAGAAGCCUUAUAAAGACAGGAAAAUAAUAAAACAGGCGUUUUUAGGAGCUGCAGAUUCAUUGUUUGCCAACUUUAGAAAUAAAGACGUGUCUCUAUAAUUAUAAUCUAUGCAACUUUCUGCUAAUACAGUGAUGAGACGAAUAGAACUAAUGAGCAAUGACAUAGUUUUUAGUUAAGAAAUUACUUCGAUAACUGUGCUUAUUUUUCACUGCAGCUGGAUGAAUUCACAGAUAUCGUUGACCUCUCAGGUGGCCGUGUUCGUCAUAAUGGUUUUUAGUGAUUUUUUUAGGACAGGUUUUCUUCUUUUAAAAAUAUUUCUUCUGAGAAAAUUCCAAUAUCGAAAAUUGUAGGCUUGACAACCGAAGACGUUCCCGCUAUGGUGGCUCGUAAGAUUAUGGCGUAAAGAUGAAAGUUUUCCGCAAUUUCUCUGUUACCACUGCAUUACCCAUCAACAAGCAUUGAGUGGACAUUUUCUUAAACUAAAAAACGUUAUGAAAUUGGUAGUAAAAAUUGUGAACAAGAUUAGAGCUCAAGCAUUACAAAGAAGAUUAUUCAAAACCGUGGCCGAUGAAAUUGACUGUCAAUACGGGGAACUACUUCUUCACUCUGAAGUCCGAUGGUUAAGUAGGGGACAAGUGCUGAACGAAACGUUUUAAUGAUAUCAUAUCUGCCAUAGUUCUAUUUUUCAAACAACGCGAUGAAUCGAUUUCGGAACUGGAAAAUUCAAUCUGGCUUAGAGAUUUUGGUUUUCUUGUAGAUAUAACAGAAAAAUUACAUGAACUUAAUUUGCAGCUUCAGGGGAGGGACACAGAACUAGCAGAAAUUAUUGCUGAUACAAAAGCGUUUAUCAAAAAGCUUUAGUUUUAGGAACAAAACUUAAUCGAUGGCGAUACCAGGCAUUUUCCUGUUCUUUCAGAAAAGAUAUCUCAAAGUCCAUUAGAACCAUAUGAGAAUAAAUAUCAUGUAGAAAUAGUCUCUAGAUUGAAGGAUAACUUCAAAAAUCGUUUAAAGGAUUUCAACGAAACUGCUUUAGUGGCGCAAUUUGUUGUUUCACCCUUCAUGGAAAUUGAUAUCCAACAGUAUGCAACGUCUGUUACGCAGAAUUUUAGCGAAGACAUCGUUGCGACCGAAAUUAGUCUCAAAUACAAAAUGUAUCUGGCCUUCAGUAAGUGAAGAUAAAUAUUCAGUUUUAUGUCGUGUUGCCUUGAAAGUUAAAAGCGUUAUUUAGUUCAACCUAUUUGCGUGAAUCUUCCUUUUCCAAAUCUGAAGUUUGUUAGAAACAAAUAGCGUAAUCGACAGAUGAACAUUUGGAUAGUUGUAUUCGAAUGACGUUAUCAAAUUAUACGCCAAACAUUAAAAAAAAAUGUCAGUGAGUCUGAGUGUCAGGCUUCUCAUUGAACAUGCACGAAUGUUUUAUCUGAACAUGUUUUUGUUUAAAAUAGUGCAUUGUUUUUUUUAAGUUACCUUUACUAAAUCGUAUGACAUGCCAUUGUAGCUGACGAAAAUUUUUGUUCAUGUUUCAAACAUCUACGAUUGGUAGGAAUGGAUGUAGUAUGUAUUAGUUAUUAGUUUAACUUUAUUAGUAUGUAUUAGUAUUAGUUAAAUAAACACAUGUAUGUCGCAACUUUGUAUAAUUUCAUUUAUGUUGGCUUACAUUGCUUACGACUAGGUAGCUAACUGGUUAUUCCAAAAUUAUCAAAGUAGCUCAACACACCGAAAAGGUUGACGACCACUGCUAUAGCUUGAGUAGAUGUUGUAGUCUCAUCCUACUUUGACUAAAUUAAGAAAGAAAAUGAUCUGCCAUGAGGUACCUUGAAGAAUAAAGUUACGAGCAAUCUUCUGUCUAUUUUUUCCAAGCAAGAAGCAUACUUUGAGCUACAAUUUUUAUAAUUAAAGAUAUCGACACAGGCUAUACUAAAAACUCGCUCUGUAUACCGUGAAAAUUAUAUGUACUUCCGUUUUUUUGCGCGCGAUUAUCUUGCAUUGUUUGAGAGAACCAUAAGUUUUUUGACACAUUUUGUCAUUUUUGUAGAAGUCACGUUGACUGUUCUGUAUGCCCAUUCAAUAAAAACAACAAUAUUCAUCCUUUGGCUAAAUUCUGGCGAUGCAUACCACAAAAAGACCACUUACCUCCAUCCCCAAAGGGUCACAUAAUAAAAAAAGCACCAGUUCCAAAGGAAUUGAAACUGAGAAAGCCGACUUGUUCACUUCAACCUUUCAGGAACCAAAACUUAUAUUUACCCAUGAAGAUGCUAACUUUGAUGUUGUAUCUAGGAAAAACUACUUUGCGGCUUUGAACUAUAUUAAUAAUUUUCACAAUCAUGUGAACAGCAAACUUAGAGAGCAAAGUGGAGAACAUGGUGAUACAAAGUCUAGUGAUGAGCACUGCUUCAAAUUUCCUAUAAUUCCGAACUAUUCUCUUCUUUUUCCUAAAUUCCUGAACAAGCCUCAUCAGACUUGUAAAGAUACUGUUGCAGAACAACCUAUAAAAAAAGUAAUCAAGAAACAGGAAGCCAACAAGAUUGACGAAAAACUUGAAGAUUUAGUUGAGGAUAUUAAAGAUCAAGAGGAUCCAAAAAACAAGAAUAAAAUUCAUGAAAAACAGAAUAAAGUCGAUGAAAAACCUUCUAGAGAUAUCUUGCUUACCAAACAUGUGGAAUUAAAUGGAUGCCUAAAACAUUCAUCAAUAAGUGAGAAACCAGAUAUACCCAAAAAUGUGAAACUACCCGCAAUUCCCGAGACCUUCAAUUUUUCGAAACUAAACGAGUGUGUAUUACAAGAACUCUUUACAUAUGACAAAAAUGAGAAAGAGACAAUCACCUAUACGGAAAAACAUGUUGAACUUAAAAAAGCCUCAUUCCAUGUGGUCGAUAUUCAGCCUGAAGUAUUUUUGAAUUCAAUGUGCAAUCGCAGCGCGAGUCAAGAUUUUUUCACACAAACCAAGAAGAGAUCCAGCGAACCCGAAAGUCGAGUCAUGUUGGAAAAAUCUUUAUUUGGUUCAGUCAACAUUCAGCCACAGCACAUCAGUAAGCUGAACGAAAAGCAUAACAUUAGGAGUACAAAAGAUACCUCGAAAGUUGGGCCUAGGACACAAAAGAAAGUAAAAGAGAUGUUCGAGAAUAUUUCUAAAGACCAAAGUGUAACUGUCGACAGCGAUAGUGACAGUGAGAUAAUGGAUGAUGAACAGUUUGAAAUGUUAAGCCAAUGCAGAUAUCCAGAAUCUAGAUCUGAGGCAGUGCUGACGAAACACAAGAAAAACUGCAGAGCUACUGCCUCAGAAAAGUCCCACCCACUGAAGCUGAACAGCAAGGACCUUCCAAAACUCAACGAGAAGAUCCUGAACGCGAUUGGUAUUUUUACAGAAGGUGGUGACAUAAGGCCUGGUAUCAUUGACGUGAUAGAACAACAUCGUUUAGCUAAGUCCAAUGACCGUAGGAAUAAACAGUUCAGAGUCAAAAGGCAGUGGGAUAUUCAAAUUCAUCUACAACCUAGGCAAGCCGAUUGCAGCAGUCUUUCAUCCAUAUCCAGUAGUAGUUCUAUCAAAACAGAAACGUACUGCAGAGAGGUUGAGGAGAGGAAGCAGGAUUCUAGCAGGUCUUAUUAGUUUUGUAGCAUAGUCCCAAUAAACAAAAAAUAUAACCAAGAAACUAGUGAAGGCCUUUCGAUAUCUGUGCAAUAGCGCAUGUCGCCGUAAUUUUAUCUUUUAAAAAAUCUUGUGGUUGAAGGAAUGAAGAAAUUCAAGAGAUACCUGAGGCAUUAUUUCAACUGAAUUUUGACCUGCAUUCCGAUGUCGCCAUGAAUCUAAACGUUGCCUUUUUACCUUAAUAUUUCUUACCUGGUAAAUAAACUACACGACGCUUUUCCAAUAUCUCAUCCUUUGUGAUGAACGUCUCAAUAAAGAAUAAAUAGUUGUUCUGAUGGUACUAGGGUAGUGAAUUCUAUCCUCAGACUACUAUGAGUUGCCCUUGUGUUAAUAAGACAAUAAGCUGCUGUUGCAAAGAAACAAUAUAUUACUACAGUCUCAGACAAUAGUUAUUAUUCACUGAAUAAGAAAAACUAUACAAUUCUAGCAGUAUCACUUAUUUAAAAAAAAGAUCUAGGUACAUAUAAAGAAUUAUUUCAUAUCAGUUACUCAAUA